AUGCGUUUUUUUAAAACAUUGUUGCCAGUUGGGGAGCCACUUGAGGACGGAAGAAUUGAAGAGCAGGAAUCAGAUAGAUUCUCAGCACCACUUGAACUUUUAAAUGAUGGAGUGCCUUUAAAACAUGAGAGAACUGAACGCAGUACUGAAGAAGGCGAAGAGCAACUGGCACCAGUCACCAAAAAAUUGAAAAGAAGUGAAGAAACUGAUGUCCCAGAACAUACAGUCGAAACAACUGAACCAGGCAUAGCAAUUGGAGAAGAAGAAGCUAACGUCGAUGUAGUAGGAGACACAUUUCGCCUGGGGGAAUUGGAAGAUUUUCUUCAAGAUAUCGGAUAUCAAACUGAGGUAAUAGAAACAGAAUAUGAAUAUGAUUCUGAAAGAAGGAAGAAAUGCUCAGAACGCUUAAGAAAAAUUUGUGAUGAAUUCCAAAGUCCAGGCGAAAUACCCUUUGAUGAUAAUGGUGAUGAAGAUGAUGAAGAUGAAGAAGACGAUGAUAGUGAUGAUGGUGAUGAACCCAGUGAUUCCUCCGGUGAUUCUGAUGGAGAACUGAUUCCUGUUGAUAUGUGUGAUAUAUGUUGGGACAAUAAUUCUCCCGAACCCUUUUUAUUACGCCAUAAAAGAGUAGUUCAUGAAGAAGUAAAAUGGCCAGAGAAAACGAUCAAAUGCCCAUUUUGUGUAAAAUUAUUCCGAACAAAAACUGAAAUAGCAUGUCACCUUAUACGUAAACAUUCAAUUGACCCUACGCGUUUCUACGAUGAAUUUUUCAUUGAUCCAUUGAAAUUUGCAAAAGCGGAAAAUGUAUUUAAUAUGUCACAAAGAACAAGCCUUGUGGAAUAA